UUUUGUGCCGGGCGGCAGGAUAUCGAUCGUCGCUCCUCGCCCGGCGGCGCGAAGGCGGCGGGGCGCGGUGAGGCGGCGGGCGCCCGGUGGCGGCCGGCGCCGCUCCCUUCUCGGCGUCUCUGCCGCCCUCCCCGCCCUGUCCCUCUGCCUUCAUGACCCGCAGUAGGAAGCAGGCGGCGCUGGAGAGAGGAGCCGGGAAGAUGAACCAAGAGGCGGGGAGCGCAGCGGCGGCGGGAGCCCAGGCGGCGGCGGGGGAAGCAGCAGCAGCAGCCGGCGGCGGAGCGGCGCCCGCCGCCUGGGGGCUGGAAGGGGAGGCGGAGAAAGUUGUGUACUCGAGGUCGCAGGUCUCCUUUGCCGGCACCAAGGCGCUGGGCGACGCCCUCAAGCUCUUCAUGCCCAAGUCCACGGAGUUCAUGAGCUCCGAUUCGGAGCUGUGGAACUUCCUCUGCAGCCUCAAGCACGAGUUCUCCCCGGUCAUCCUCCGCAGCAAGGACGUCUACGGAUACUCCUCCUGCCGCGCCGUCGUCCCCGACCCGCCGUCCCCCUCGGCGGAGCGGCCCCGCCGCCGCGCCGGCAAGCGGCGCCUGCCGGCCGCCGACGCCAAGCGCCGGGCCGCGGCGGCGGGUGGCAGCGCCAAGCGGCGGAGGCGGCGGCGGCGCCGCAGGAGGGGACGGGCGAGGCAGCGGCCGGCGGCACCGGCGGCCGACGGCCCCCGGGGCGGGGAGGAGGCGGCGGCGGCGUUGUGGCCGGUGGGCGAGGAGGCGGACAGCGAGCGGGGCGGCCCGGCGGAGGGACCCGCGUGGGAGCCCUUCAGCGGCAAGUCGCUGGAGGAGAUUUGGGAGGCGGCCACCCCCCGCCUCACCACCUUCCCCACCAUCCGGGUGCGGGGCAGCGUCUGGAGCCGGCGGAGCCUGGAGGCGGCGCGGCGGCGGGCGCAGCGGAUCCUCGGCGUGGACCUGUCUCCCGUGGUGCGGGUGCGCCGCUUCCCGCUGCCGCCGUCCUGAGGCCGAGGACGCGGGUGGGUGGGUGGGUGGGUGGGGGGGUUGUCCCUGGCCGGCGCCUCACCUUGGCCGCGGUGCGGACAAAGAGACCGAGAUCAGUCACCUGUUUACAUUGCUUUUUGUCUGGAUCGUGUUCCGCUGCUGCACUUUAUGGCUCGCUCGGGCGGGGGCCGGGACCCCCAGCCGCACCCGGAGGGGACGUGCCGGGGACCCCGUCUCGCCCCCGGCUGGGCCGCGGCCCCUUGUCCCGGCCCGGGGGCCGUCCGGCAGGUAUCACGCGUGGGGACCAAGUUCCACUUCCACUCUUUUUUCUCUCCCGUUGGGCUACCUCACUGGUCCAGAAGUCCACCCAAGAAGUUAUUUUCCAAAGGAACUUACUUUCAUGCUUGUAUAAUAAAGCACCAUCUGAUUCUUGCUAUUUUUUUUUUCUUCUCCCCUUUUCCGCUGGAUUACAUAUGCUUUGUGGUGUUGCACUAGUAUGUGCUCAGGGUAUUUUGAAUCCCAAGCAUUCCCAAGUUUCAGUUUACUCUGAUCAAGGAUGCGUAAAGAAUGGAGGUUCAAGACUUGCGGCUGUUAUUGAUGGUGCAAAAACUUUUUUCUUUAAAUUUCAUGGGCUUAGUGAUAUAUAAAGAUGUAUCGCACAGUAUAAUUGUUACACUUUUGUAUCUAAAGUCAUUUUUAAAGUUUUCUAGUUGAACUAAGUAUUUGUUUCUAUUGAGCACCUAAAGAUAGAAUCAUCCUGAUAUUUUAUAACCCUGUUUACUUUAGGGAAGCUCAUUUGGUCAACCUAAGUGAACUUAAUAAAAGUCAAAGAACAAGUGAUGUUUCAGUUCAAUGAAACUGCAGAGGGACGGGUUCCUCGGUGAAGUACACCGUCUAAGCACUUAAUGUCAAUAAGCUUGGACUUCGUGAAGAAUAUAACUGCUCAUCAAAGUAAUAUAUAGGUAUCUGAAGGUGAACUAUGAUAGAGUGCUGGUGCUGACAGCCAAAAGUCGAUAGCUCGCACAACCCAAAUAUCACACUUGAUGUGUCUCUCUGCAAAAAGAACAAGACUUGAUACCCGAUCACUUCAUAAAAAAAAUAGUGCUGGUUGUUAUCCUGGGGUUGUGAGGUGAUUGAUGAUGGUUAAUCGUAUUUAACAUAAUUACUUGCACGCAAUUAGUUUUAUAAAUUUCUCCUGUGUUUCACAGUAGAUUCUGAUGCAAAAUUCAUGAUGUAACUUGAUUAUUUUGACUGAAAUGUUGUUAUUCUAUGCGAUAGGCAGUCUCUCUUUAAACUGAUUUAUUAAGGGCUUGCUUUAGGUCUUAUGUCUU